AUGGAACUUGACACCCAGGCACUGGCGUGUUCAAACCUUAGUCAAUCUGUUUUCAGUCUAGAUUUUGAUAUUUUUAUAAAAUCUAACACGUCAAUUAUUAUGGCCGGCGUUAGUGGAAGAUACGAGGCACCCGCCGCUGCCAUGUCACCCUACGAAGUUCCAAGACAACGUCCCCGCAAUCCCAUUCCGGACAACCGUGGGUAUGACGGAGAUCCGCUGGCUUUAGUGCUUUAUCUGGAAAGACCUUACAUACGCCUAGUAAUCAUAAGGCUGACUGAUCUCAGCAUUCGACUGUAUCUCCAGCACGCCCUGGGCUUCUAUGAUCGACCCUGGUACGGUUGGCACAGAGUUUCCAUACGCACUGGUUUUCAAAGCAGGUUGAUAAAUUAUAGAACCCGAACGGUUCAGAUUCAAACCGAAAUAGUUUUCAAAUUCGAUCACAAAGAGGCGCGCCGUCAACUACGACUGGAAGAUGUGCUCUGGCCGCUCUGGGCCGGCCUACGGAAACAGGCUGUUGAGGAAACAGACAUGUUCGACGCUUCCGACCUGGCGGAAUUAACACAGUCAGCGCUUUUAAAUGAACUCUUUUAUGGUUUACCACCAGAAGAAUCUUUGAGCAGAUAUGCCGUCGAUAUGCUGAUAGAAAAGCAUAGUGAAUUCGAGGAGGUAUUUGAAGCAACAGUCUACGGAGCGUUCAACAGUGGACGUGGAAAGCUCAAAGAAGUCAGUUCAUUUUACCCAUUUUCGGGCAGUAUCAAAAACAUCAUGCUUGGAGGUGGCUGUCGCUGUCAUGGCCAAGCCUUUGGGCCGCGCUUCAUUCAGCUAGGCAGCGAUGUCAGGUGGGACUGGCUAUGCGACGCCCGAACUAUCCCUAACAUCCUGUUGCAAGGGAAGGCAUCUACGACUCCCCCGCCUUGUCGAAGUGAAGAAACCUCUCAGCCUUGUGGUUGUUCAAUUCGGUCAGGCCGACCAGUCUGUUUGUGUCCAACGACAACGAAAUGCCGAAAGCUGCCUGGUGGGUACCCCCCUGCUGUUAUAGGAUUCAUUUAA